UCUAAAUUAAUGCCAGAGAGAAAAGUUGCAGAGAAGAACAUAGUGUCAUCUCUUUGAAGGAGAUGGGUUCGGUUCUAAGUUUCAUAGGGAUCUUAUUUCUUGAUGGAUUCCUACUUUCCAUGGCGUAUAACGUUCAUCACUACAGCUUUAUUCUCAAAGAGACCAAUUUUACACGAUUGUGCACGACGAAGCCCUUGCUGACUGUAAAUGGGCAGUUUCCAGGACCAACUAUUCAUGUUCGCAAAGGAGACACAGCUUUUGUUAAUGUUCACAAUGAUGGCAAAUACGGAAUCACCCUUCAUUGGCAUGGAGUAAAGCAACCAAGAAAUCCAUGGUCAGAUGGUCCUGAGAAUAUUACGCAGUGCCCUAUUCAACCUGGAAAGAAUUUUACUUAUGAAGUUAUAUUUUCAGAUGAAGAAGGAACUUUAUGGUGGCAUGCGCAUAGCGGUUGGUCACGUGCGACGGUCCAUGGUCCUAUUGUUAUUUUACCUCACAGGGGGAAAAGUUAUCCGUUUCCCAAACCCUAUGCAGAGGAAACAAUUAUGCUUGCAUCAUGGUUCAAUGGAGAUGUUAAGGAACUAAUUGAUAUAGCCAUGAAAACCGGAGCUGAUCCAAAAACAUCUGAUGCAUUCACCAUCAACGGCUGGCCAGGAUCUUUAUACAAUUGCAGCAAUGAGACGAUAUACCGUCUUAAUGUUGAAUAUGCAAAGACCUAUCUUCUUCGCGUAGUCAAUGCUGUGAUGAACGAAGAAAUGUUCUUUGGAAUUGCCGGUCACAACUUUACGGUGGUAGCUCAAGACGGUGCAUACAUCAAGCCCAUUCAGACCGAUUACAUUAUGAUAACUCCAGGCCAAACAAUGGACCUCUUACUCACUGCGAACCAGACUCCCAGUCACUAUUACAUGGCUGCUAGUCCAUGUUUCGACGCCGUUAAUUCUUCGUUCAACAAUUCCACCACUACAGCAAUCCUGCAAUACAGCGGGCAGGACUACACUGUCCCUUCCUUCAUUCCCAUGCCUACACUUCCUGCACCUGAUGACAGUAUGGCCGCAGACGACUUCAUGAUGAUGAUAAUGGCUUUGGCGACCCCUGAAUAUCCUAUAAAUGUGCCCCUUAACAUCACUCAAAGGAUUUUCAUCACAGUUUCUUUGAAUCAACUACCAUGUCCUGCUAAUGCUAUAUGUCAAGGGCCUGAUGGUAAUAGAUUGUCUGCAAGCUUCAACAACAUCAGUUUUACUACCACAACUACUGAUAUACUCCAAGCAUAUUACAGGACCUUACCUAAUGUCUAUGCCGAUGACUUUCCCGAUCAACCACCGGAUUAUUUUAACUUCACAGGAGAUGUGGGAAAUUAUGAAUUAUUUCCGAAAGUAGGAACCAAGGUAAAGAUGAUCGAGUACGGUGCAGCAGUGGAAAUUGUUUUCCAAGGAACUAAUGUUGGGAACCCAGAAACUCAUCCAAUCCAUCUGCAUGGUUAUAGCCUCUAUCUUGUUGGCACAAACUAUGGCAACUUCAACGACACAACUUCCCCCCAAUCUUUCAACUUGGAUGAUCCACCACAACUUAAUACUUUCGAUGUUCCUAACAAUGGAUGGGCCGUCAUUAGAUUCUUUGCUAACAAUCCUGGGGUAUGGUAUAUGCACUGUCAUUUGGAGCGUCAUGCUACUUGGGGUAUGGACACCGUACUCAUUGUGAAGAAUGGACCCACUAGAGCAACAAGUAUAAAGCCACCUCCACCUAACUUGCCAAGUUGUUCUUAGUAUAUUUGAACAAUAUAUAUGUACGUAUUACAUGUAUAAAUCUAUCAAAAUACUAGGAGCAUGGUCAAAGUACUAUAUACCUAUUAGCUCGUUUUUCAUAUAUACAACGGGAAUAUUACACUUACUAA